CAUACAUAAUGAAAUGACAGAAUUUUAACCUUUAAUACAAUGCAUUAAAGCGCAAAAACACUUGAUACAGUGUGAAUAUUAAAAGUGACAACCGCACAAAACAUUAAUGUAACUUGUGAUACUUUUAAGACGUUGUUUUUGAACAAACAAGUAAUCAAUUUAUCUGUUGGAUAGUAAUAGGUAAUUCUGAUGAAACAGGUCACUCACAUGAAAUCCGGUCACAUUUAAUACGUAAUUUGAGAGAUACAAAUUGCAUUAAUUUGUUUAAUUGCAAUAACGAUAAGGAUUAACAAAUCAAGGUCAAGAUAGUUAUAUAUUUAAGCGGUACAAGUAAAGAUACACACGGUUAAUAUGGCAGGACCGUUAGGAUUUUUCAUUGUCGACGUCAAAACUCGGAAAAUUUUGGCAAUUUGUUUAGGUGUUACCUUGUUGUUGUUUGCUAUCGGGAUACUUAUUGGAUAUUUUUCCGGACAUGGAUCUCAGUCAACCAGCAAAAGUCCUUCACAAGAGAGUGUUGCUGAUGCGAUUCGAUCCUCGUGUCACGUGAUGACGAAGCAGACACCUACCGGAAGUACUUAUUUUGAUCGCUAUCUGGAACGGCAUAGCGGGAAGACCGCAUGCGUGAACAAACCGGAAGGAUGCUGGGACUUCGGACUUCCUAGAAACUAUAUCGCCUAUCAUUUACAAGGCAAAGUAAUCAAUAUUGAUGGAAAACUUGAUGACGACGCUUGGAAUGAGGUACCAUGGAGUGAAACAUUUGUGGACAUGCGCAGUAAGGUCUUCCCGAAACCUUACUUUGACACGAAGUUCAAGAUACGUUGGGACGACGCCAGGAUGUAUAUAGGUGCUUAUAUCCAGGAGAAAGACCUCUGGGCGACACAACAAGAACACGAUUCGAGCAUUUAUAGAGAAAAUGGGUUCGAAGUAUUAAUAGAUGCUGACGGUUCUAUGUUUAAUUAUAAACAGGCGCAAAUCAACGUCCUGGGUACAAUGUUAGAUUUGAUCCUUGCGAAAUCCCCAUACGACGCUCCAUGGGGAGAGGUCGCCAAUGUUCAGUGGCAUGCAAACGCUGAAAAAGCUGUGUACCCGGAGGGAACUGUCAACACACCCGGUGAUACCGAUAAAUACUGGUCGGUUGAAAUAUCUCUACCUUUCCACAGCCUUGCUGAACAGUCAGUUCGGCCGCAGCCAAAACCAUCAGACAAUCAAGUCUGGUUUAUACAGUUCGGCAGAUCCGAACAAAAACUUAUUGUUAGCAAUGGACACUACGAAAUUGCACCGAACUCUACAACAGACUGGUGGUCAUGGCAACCAUGCGACACCAUCAAUUUACACUUACAGGAUCGAUGGGGUUUGGUGCAAUUUAAACAUAGCAUACAAGACAAGAAAUUUAGAUUUGACAAAUGGCAUAUUUACAAAUCUCUCUUCGAUAUGAUGAAUGCGAUGAAGAAGUUUAAAGCAAUCAACGGAUUUUACACCAAAACAAUAGAAGAGCUCGAUGUUCCGCCAUAUUUGCUUUCCCGCACAUGCGUAGAAAUACCGGAAAUCAAACUGAUUAAAAGUGAAAACGGAACAGAUUUCGACGUCACGGUCAAAUCAAUGUUUCUCUCUCAUGCACCAGCACAUAUUCGUUCGGACAGAUAUGUUACGUUUAAAUAGCCAUACAAGUAACUGUUUUUAAUAUUCCCAUAGCUUCAUCUUUGAUUCGAAAACUGACCACAUCAUUGAAUUUCGAGCUGGAAUCGAUUUUCGGUCUUCGAUGUCAGUGCAAACUUCUCGACAUUUUACAUGUUUUGGUUUCGUUUGCGUCAGAUUUGCUCUGUCAUUACCAACUUUUAGUAACAUCGAUCUAUUGGAAAAUCGAUAAAUUUGCCUAUAUAAACAAAGAAGGAAAAAAAUACUUAAACUUAAAUAGAAAAAGUUCUGUUUGUAAAACAAAAAUUCGAUACCCCACAAUUUAAAGUUUAAUUUAUUCCGGAUAUUAAGAAUAUUUUUUUUAAAAAAUAUUUUAAUAUUUGGUUGGUCCUUUUUGACUUUAAAUAGACCCACCUCAGUUCAUAUAGACUCUGUAGGAAACUGGUAAAAAGAAACUGACUUUUUCAAAUAUAACAGAUAAAAUGAGAUAUUUUCCGCAAAAAAUCAAAAAUUCGAUACCCCUAAAAAUGUAGAAAAAUUAUUCAAUUUUCGUUAUGUGUAAUUUGUUUCAAAUUUUAUAAUGGUUUGUUUGGUCCUUUUUGCAUUUUAGUGUGUACAGUGAACAUUUCUUAAAAUAUUCCGGCUUUUUCCGCCGUCAUUCGUAAGUACUCGGAAGCUGUUACGGAAAAUAUUGUCAUCUGCUAGUCUGACUUUGUCGGUAUAAAUUGUUAUAGCUCAAAGCCUAUAAAUUGUAGGCAACUUCACAUUGACAAAAAAAAAGAAAUUGUAAUUAGACAAUUUAAAACAAAUUGAUUGUUGAACUCAGAAACGCCGAAACCUAGAUCCGCUGUCGUUUAAAAAAACGCUAGGGAGGACUUAGUGUUCAAUUCGCAUUAAAUAUACAAAUGCUUUUAAUUUUCAUCGCAAAAUAUACUUAAAGCAACUAAUUCUCAUGUCUUUCCGUAAAAUAUAGUCUGUCAGUAAUUGAGUUUCAAAGUAUUCUUAAGAAAUAUAACGACGAUUAAUUUAUUAAUUUCCAGUUACCUUUAUUAUUUUUUGCCGAAGGAUCUGGAGACGUUUUUAUUGCCGUGGCGGUCCGGGUCCGAUCUCCGACGCGGUCUUCAUUUUUUCUUCAUAUAGGAUUAUUUAAUAAGUUUUUAAAAAAAAAUCAUUUUCUAUUAUUCAUAAUAUGACCAAACGUUAAUUUGAAAGAUAGCCUUGAUGAACUGAUAAUUCUGCUUCUUUCUGAACCUCCUUUGUAUAUAUUAUUCUGUAUUCUUAAAUUAAUGUAUGUUUUUGGUUUAUUCUUUAAUCAUUCGUUUUAAAAAAAAUGCAAUAUCUAUUAUUUGAUUUAAUUGUAACAAAUAACUUAAAAUUACCCUUCGACUUUUAUUGCGUAUUACAAUAUUGCCUAGGGGUAAACAAUAUCCGGUCAGUGUUGUUUCAAGGCGGGUCAUAAAAGAUAUGUUACCCCACUUACUAUAAGUGAUAGUUUUUUUUAUGGUUUUAUGGUUUUGGCGUUGUAAUAUAUGUCUUUCACUUUCUUCUGUCUUUAUAUAGUCUUUUCCCUUUAUUUCAUGAAAUUUGUUUUUACGAUUUUUACCCUUAUAAUUUUCGACUUGUUCCGAUUUUCACUUUAAUAAUUAUCAAAACUUCAUUCAGUUCAAAUAUAUCGUUUAGCAAACCGCCCGCCUGUAAAUGCAUCAGAUAAUGACCAAAGAUGUUAAUUAUCGAUUUUUCCCCCGUGUUACUACAACAACAACAAUUAGUACGGAAAUCAACGAAUCCGUCCGGUAGCGAUGAUAUUGGAUUAUUGGUUUUAUUGAUUUUUAUGAUAGGUAGAUCUGUCCCGCUUUAUCGGUUUCGAGAUGUUACUAAAAGUUGGUAAUGGUAUUGCAGAACUUGAUAUCGAUGGAAUAUCAACAUGAAAACCGUGUCAGUUCAUGCAUAAUGUGUUCAUGUAGUGAAAAAGUGUGAUUAAAACACUGAUCCUGCACGAAAUUGGGCUAAAAUAUGAAAAAAAAUAAUAUCCAUUAACUUUGGACUUCCUUCGACUACACAAUGGAAGCCUUUUUUUAUUACCUACACCAUGGAAGCAUAUUUUUGACCGAAUUACUGACCUUCGACUUUUCAUUUCUUUGUACGAGUCUUGAAAUUCAUAUGAAUGCAAAACAGAAAACGUAAUGGAACGAACUUAUAUGGUUAAAAUCUACAUUGAGCUGUAGUAAAUGAAGUUAACCCAAACUCACAUGGAUCUGGUUAUCAUGGUCACAGAAAUGCACUGAUGUUUUCUAUUUUCUAUAGUUAUCAUCGACAAACUUGUGUUUUUGGCAAUAAUUUGGUUUCCAAAUUAAUUUUUUACCACAUACAAACAAUUACGCCAUUUAAAAUGCUUAAAUCAGUAAUACCAGGUCGACACAACUAGUCAUCUUUGUACUCCGAGCUCCGCACACGGUAUAAGCCACAGUGUUCUAGGAUCCUGAUUCGAAGCAUCACGUACAAUGCAAUUAUUAUAAGUUACAAUAAGUACAACAAUCAAUAGGUUAAUUAUUGUGAAUGUAUAUGCUAAAAAUAGUAAUUCGAGAACGUAUGCAUUUAAGAUAUACUUUAAUUAUCUUAUUUUAAUUAACAAUUUUUUUAGAAUUUUCAACAUAAAACAUUCCUUCGCUGCCGCCCCCCACACCCUCCGACUUCGUGAUAUUAAUAAUGUUUCCCACAAUGAAGCAGAUGUAAAAAAAAUGUCUUUGAUGGUUCAUUCAUGUGUGACAAUGCAUGAUAAUCAUACUGUAUGGUAACUACAAUGAUUGCCGUAUGUUUGAAUCUGUCCAAUAUGGCCUAAUCCCGAGCAAAAUAAAAAGACACAAAUAUCACGUUAUUUUUGCUGAUUUGUAUCAUUUUACUCACAUUUUUUACAUAAAAAGGCGUACUCUCUCCACUCAUCAUCCUAAGGUCCAAGCUAUUAUAGUCUGUCCCACCUAAUUUUGGACCUCCGAUAAUUUAUUUAUACUGUAAAUAAAACUGUCAAAAAUGACAUCGUUAAUACCAGACGGUUAAUAUCUCUAGGCACCUUUUUCAUUUUUUUCAAAAAAUGUAAAAUGAAGUUAAAAUUCAAGAUUUUAUGUUUUUCCCCAUAAACUUGCAUUGUAAAAUGACGCGACGUUCAUUUCAAGAUGGCGGCGCCCAUACAAACGUAAUUUGGGUGUUUGCUUACAGUUAGCGACGUCAGAUAUAUUUAUUGUUGAAUAACAGACAUGGAAAAUUAAACAAACUUUGUCCAAAACUUGUAGUAUUUUCUUGUACGGAAGACCCUGAAUUAACAUUUUACUUCAAAUUAAAGUUAUUUCCGUU